AGAAAUGGAGAUAAUCAACCUGUAUUGCACAGUUUCGUCCAAGCAACACUCGUGGAGACGAGCAACUUUCUCGCGAUCCUCAUGCACAUCGAAACCACAACAACGUUAUGAAUUAAAAAACGAACAACAUCGAGAUGCGCUUACUGGUUUUGGCAAGUGUCGCGAUACUAGCAAGAGCUCAGCCCUUUUGGAAAUGCUGCGACUUCGGGGAAGUCUUCAAUCCUAAUAGCUACCAGUGUGACGAAGACCUCACCAAGAGGCUAGAAGUGAUGACCAACUUCACCAACUUCAUGGCAGAAGGAGUGGACGGGACUUGUUUUGAAGCUACACAGGACGGAAUCAUUACCCUCCAGCUGCUAUGGGGCAAGAUCAUCCCUAAAGCUUUAACCAUAGGCAACUUUUUCCCCAAGUGCUGUCCGCUGGGCUACUUCUACAACUCCCAGCUGCAUUCGUGUGCCACCAAAGAAGAUUUCCAGCACGACUUCGUCCAGGGAAGGGUCGUGAAAGUCGGUCUGCCCCAUUGUAAGCUCAUCGUCGACAAUCCUGAUCCUGUAGAUCCUGACGCCGAUUAUUGCCUGGACGAAGAUUCCCAGGGAAAACUGAUUAGGAGAGAGUGCAGAAAGGACAGGAAUAUUUGCGAGAAGCAGCGCUGCGUGAAGAAGUGCUGUCCUGACGGGAAGAGUUUUGUUGGUGGAGAUCACUGCUUGGAUACUUACUCCAAUGGGGUGAACAUGAGUUUUUCAACUGUUAUUCACGAUCCGAAAGCACCAUUUGCACUGAUAUCUAACCGGACAUGUAGUAGAAUUUUCUUAAUGAGUGAAGAACGGUACAUUUUCAAUUUACUGAAAAAUGGAGUCUUCAGGUUCUACCAGAAUAUCACAGAAUCUUUUGUAGAGGAAGGACUUGAUGCACCGAAUUCCUAUUGCAUUGAACAUUCCAACAGCCCCAAAGGGAUGGGGUUUUUCUUCUUCAAAUGCUUUCCUGAUUUAAAGAUCGAGGAAAAAUUCGUAUACACGAAGUGGUCCAAAAUACUGUCGUGCGUUUUUCUGGUGCUGACCAUUCUGAUCUACCUGUUGCUGGGUGAAACGAGAAACCUCUUCGGGAAGAUCCUGAUCAACUAUUGUGUUGGCACGCUCUUAUUGUUUUUGCUUCUGAUCUACGUCCACACCGAUUUGGAACCGAAUGAUUCUUUCUGCAUAUUGCUGGGAUAUAGUUUGAUAUUCUUUUCCACCGCCCUGUUUGCUUGGCUGAACGUGAUGUGCUGUGACAUAUGGCUCACAUUCGGGUGAGUCGAAUUAACUUUUG